AUCAUAGGGAGAGAGAGGGGGGAGGAGGAGCGGAGAAUGAGCUAUUCUUGCACCAGCAGGGGCAACAGCCAGGACCCAUCGAGCGCCAAGAAGCCUGCCGCUGAUAAUCCGGCCAGAGACGCCGGCGGAGACACGGACAGCGGCGGCGACGGCAGCCCGAGGUGCACGGCGGCGAUGAGGGUGAAGAAGGGAUGCAACUCGACCGACGUGGGGGUCCCGAUGACCACGGAGGAGGACCUGCUGGCCAGCGCGGUGAUCACCCCGGAGGAUGUGCUGGGUCUGCAGAGGAUCACAGAGAAUUAUCUGUGCAGCCCGGACGAGAACAUCUACAACAUCGACUUCACCAGGUUCAAGAUCAGAGACAUAGAGACGAGCACGGUGCUGUUUGAAAUCACCAAACCUCCCACAGAUAAAUCGGGGGAGAAGAGAGAUAUCGACCCAAACGCCGGCCGGUUUGUCCGUUACCAGUUCACACCGGCUUUCCUCCGGCUGCGGCAAGUUGGAGCCACCGUUGAGUUCACGGUUGGAGACUUGCCUAUAGAAAACUUCAGGAUGAUCGAGAGGCAUUAUUUCAGAGAGAAGUUGCUCAAGAGCUUUGACUUUGAGUUUGGCUUCUGCAUGCCGAGCAGCAAGAACACCUGUGAACACAUCUACGAAUUCCCUCCUCUGUCUGAGGACAUCAUCAGGGAGAUGAUCCUGCACCCGUACGAGACGCAGUCCGACAGCUUCUACUUUGUGGACAAUAAGCUGGUGAUGCACAACAAGGCAGACUAUUCUUACAACGGUGGGACGUAAAGGGGACACACACACCGACGCGAGACAGGUGGACACGCAGACUGUCGUGAGAGAGGAUCAGAGUGAACUGGCAGGACUGUCACUCCAGUCGUCUUUCUUGCUCCUUCUCUGUCUCCCUCUGAGAGAAUUCAACAGAGGGAACACCCAUUCAAAUGUGUGUGUGUGUGUGUGUGUGUGUGUGUGUGUGUUUCUGUACUUUGUAUGAUCGUCUGUACUGUAGCGCUGAGUCGAUUUCUGGUUGAUUCUCUAUCCACUGUCUAUUAUCAGUUUUUGACCAUAUUGGAAUCCUCGUGUUCCAAGUAGGAACAUCUGCUGGAUCAAGUGCGACACCUGAUGGUUAAAGUCGUUAUACCAGUCUGGUGCGAAUUUGGCUUAGUGUCAAAUUGGUUUGUUUGAUUUUUACCCAACCCUACUGCACAGUGUGUGUGUGUGUUUGUGUGUGUGUGUGUGUGUGUUUGAAGUAUGAAUACUGUGUGUGGUAGAAAUAUAUGAAUUUAAACGUCAGCUGUGUGGUCAUCAGGUUUAAAAAAGGUCUAAAUAGAUUUCCAGUAGGUGUUGGCACAUUUUCUUCAGUAGACAGUAGUUAGCUAUUAAUUAAUGUUUCCUUUUUAAGUCUGUUCCUUAUUUCUUAUUUCCUGGAGUCACGGGACCCGUGUUGACCAUUUGGGUACCCACUAUUUGUUUUUACUGUCACUGUUCAAAGCACAACAACUCCCAGAGCCGACACAUGUUUUUUGCGUAGUUUCUGCCUCUGAUAAGUCACAAGCUCAUAAUUUUUGUUCGGAAUACUGAAGUGUUUUGAUCUGCUGUUAUCUGAGGCCAUUUAUUUAUUAUCACCAAUACAUCACACAGUAAAUCAGCAACCAAACUACCAAACCCAUUGCACCAACAUUGCAAAUCAUUAAUCAGAAAUUACUUGAAUGCACCUGUUUGAGUUAUUCAUUGGUUCCAAGUUGAUGAAAUCUAAAUCUUUGGAGACAUAAUAGCAGCAAAAAGUAAUGAAACAGGCCGGAGGGAACUCAGGUUGGAUCGGAUCGACUUGAAUGUCAUGUACAGCAGAUGUAUUUAUGACCGUCUUUGACUCUUGUACAAAUUAUUUUGAGCCAAGGUAAAGUUUACGACAAAUCUAACGUUGUUGAGAUGAAAAAAUAAAUAAAUAAAGAUUUAUGGGACUUUUUUGAAAUAUCUCGUUGUCUGAUUGUCAAAAUGUGGAUGUGAAGAGAUUGAAGACCUGUUGUUGACAUGAUGAUGCUUUAUUCUCACAAAAGAAAUGUUUCAGGUCAACAAAAAGUGGAAAUAAAAGCACUGCUGAGACGCUGUCCCUCCACAUAUUCAGUUUAUUACAUUCACCUGGGAUGAAUCACAAUAGAAACUGUCUCCGUCACCAUCGUAACCUACUGGCAAGCUUUUUAUCUCCAAGUUGUCCUUCAACCACCUUCCUGCUAUUGAUUUGCGCACUUCACUUCCUCAUUGCUCAAAAACACUUCAAUCAGUGUCACCCCGGCUUUGGGUGCAAGUCCAGAUAACAACUGAAGAGGCCCUGUUAAGGGAAUAAGUCAACACCACAGUCAAGGCCCAACAGUUUCUUUAACAUUAAGUCAAGCUACAUCAAAUCGCACACACUCAUGGACAUCGUUUCCCUAAAUUUUGAUUGUUCUUUAAUCACUAUCCGUGAAUAAGUCCCAAGGAAAUUAAAGAAAAUGUCAAAAUAUACAAUGUUAAAGUAGAAAAAGAAUCCUGAAUGUGACCCCAAAUUGAAUGGCUUCUUUCUUGCCUUUGUCCAAUCCUUCCACCAAGUUUGUGGAAAUCCAUUGAGUAAUCAUUGCGUAAUCCAGUUGACAGACAAACCAGCAUAUGUACAGGAGUGAAAACUGAUUGGCAGAGGUAAUAAAUCUCAAUAGCUCAGUUUUAUAUCUUGUUUUCUAUCUGUACAAAAAUGUGUUCAUCAGCCAACACUUGGACAAGAAAGAGUGUGUUUUCCAAAAAUGUCAAACUCUUCCUUUAAUGCCUUCUAUAAUACACAAAUAAAUACACAACUAAAUCUGCCACUUUGAUUUUUACAAAAACACAAGUGCAGAAAUAUAAAGACACAGUGUGACCAAAACACUACAGUGAAAAAAUAACACAUGCAAAAAAAAAGUGACCACAGUAUUCAUUUAAAUCACUGACAUAGUUCAGUUUUAACUCAAUUACGUGAUGUCUGUGAACACAGUACUAUCACGUUAUGGUAAAUAAUCAGUAAAACAAACAAAGUUUACUUCAGUUUCACAUGAUCUGUCAAUGAUGAACAUGUCGAUGAGAUUACGUCCCAGUCACUGGAUUCACACGAGGAAGUGUUGGACACCAAAUGGAGUUUAUCUCAGUCUGGGUGUAAAUUCAUCUGGUUUUACUGUAACAGGGUGAUGUGUGAAUGGAACGCUACAGAUAAUGUAGGUCUUAGUCAUCGUACUUUCCCCAGCACUUUUUCUUGAGCCAGCUAUCUUCCCUUCUCAAUUUAAAUAAACGUUACAGCUACAGCUCUUAAGAUUAAGUCCUGAAAACCUUAAUUUCUCUCCAGCUUCUCUGCGAACACAUGAAUCCUACAACCCAUAUUAUUGUUUUUGGCUGACUUUAGGUUAUUUUACUGGGGCAGCUGUGGUUCAGGAGAUCGAGCGGGUCAUCCACUAACCAGAGGGUUAUUGGUUCCAGAGGAUUAAAGUGUCCUUGGGCUAGAUAACAAACCCCAAAUUCCCCCCUGACGGAUGGAUGGCAAAACUGUGCUUUGAGUGAUCAUCAACAAGUUUCAUAUAAAUACAGACCAUUUGCCAUUUAUUUCAAAUUUGUGUAAUCCUGAGAUAUUUAGAUUAUUAACCUCUUGAUUUAAAAAAUGUACAGUUAC